GGUCCGACGUGUGAUCGUUCCCUUUUCCGUUUUCUUUUUUUGUUUUCACGACAUACACGUGACCACCACCCUGCGUGUGCGGGGAUCCCAGCCCUUCUCUCCCCGCGAUUCGAGAGAAUAACCCUUCGCCUCGUUAUGUUCGCGAAGACGAGGUCGUUCGUGCUGUCGGUCAUUGUUGCUUCGCAAGUGUCGUGGCUCGUGAGUGUGGAUUACGGAAAUCCUCUGCGGGUGUAUAACGUGGGCGUACUCAUGGCAUCCCAUCUCGACAGCCCGUUUGAUCUUGAGCGAUGUGGCCCGGCGGUCGACCUGGCUUUGGAAGAAGUCAACGAAUUCCUGAAUGUUCACAACGUGCAGCUGCGCAAAGUUCAAGGAAGUUAUCCGACCUGCAGCGGGGCGAGAGCACCCGGUUUAGCGGCGGACAUGCAUUUCCGGGACAACGUGAUCGCAUUCGUCGGGCCAGCCUGCGCCUUCGCUCUGGAACCGGUAGCACGUCUUGCGGCCUACUGGAACAGUCCAAUUAUCACUGGCAUGGGUGAUCAACCUCCCUCGGAGGGCGAACUGUCAGUCACGUCCGGUAUCCUUGGAAGGAUCCAUAAGUGGAAGAAUGAAACGUCGGGAAUUUUCAAAGAUAAAAGCAAGUACCCCACUUUAACGAGGAUGUCGUACUGCCAGUGCCGUUUGCGGCUCGUCUUCGCCAGUGUGUUCAAGGAGUUCGGUUGGUCCCACGUCGCGCUGAUACUGGACAGGUCGGACCUGUUCUCGUUGACGGUAGGGAAGAAUCUGGAGUACGGUCUGCGCAAAAACGGGCUCCUGAAAUUCGUGAGGGAGCUGGACGGGAAUUCCGAGGACGAGUCGUAUCACCUUUAUCUGCGCGACGCGAGUAUGUACGCGAGAAUCGUGAUACUCAGUGUUCGUGGAACGCUGGUCAGAAGAUUUAUGCUGGCCGCGCACGAAUUGGGCAUGACGAGAGGAGACUGGGCUUUCCUCGACGUUGAGAUAUUUCACGGUUCCUACUGGGGCGAUCACGACUGGGAGGUCGGGGACGAGGACGAUGCCAAUGCCAGGAAGGCUUACGAGGCUCUGCUAAGGGUGUCUCUCCUUCAGCCGACCAGUCCGCGAUUUCAGGAUUUCGCUGAGAACGUCAGGCAACGCGCGCAAACUAAUUACAAUUACACAUUUCCGGAGGGUGAAGAGGUGAAUUUCUUCGUCGGAGCAUUUUACGACGGUGUUUACUUGUUAGGGAUCGCGCUGAAUGAGACUCUGGCCGAAGGUGGCGAUAUCAGGGACGGCAUAUCUAUAACGAGGCGAAUGUGGGACCGAGACUUCAUAGGGAUUACGGGUCACGUCAGGAUAGACGACAACGGAGAUCGUGACGCGGAUUACAGCAUCCUUGAUUUAGAUCCCAUUACCGGAAGGUUCGAAGUGGUCGCUCAUUAUUUGGGACUAAAUCGAGAAUACAGUCCUAUGACUGGCAAAAAGAUCCACUGGCCGGGAGGAAGGGAAGGACCCCCGCCAGAUAUUCCGGAGUGCGGGUUUUUGGGAAACGAUCCGGAUUGCACAUCGAGGAGAGAAGCUUACACGUUUGUAGCUUACACGGGCAUAGCGCUCGCCGUGUUUUUGCUCGCUGCUAUUACAGCCGCGUGUCUUUUGUACAGGCAUUUGCGUCUGUCCGCUGAUCUCAAUAACAUGUCCUGGCGCGUAAGACCUGAGGAAUUGCUUCUGGAAGUUGGGAAACAGUUCUCGUCGAAGAUAAAUUUGCACCAAGCGAUGUCCGACGCAAAUAAUUAUGGGUUGGAACAGAGGAUACGUCGCGGUUCGCAGAUCAGUUGCGAAUCUCUGCCGCCUACGACAGUCUUUACCACUAUCGGGAUAUACAAGGGCGAGAGGGUAGCCAUCAAGAAGAUCACGAAGAAGAAAGUGGUCGACGUGACGAAGAAAUUGCUCUGGGAAAUCAAGCAGGUCAGGGACGUUACGUCGGAGAACACCGUGAGAUUUAUCGGAGCGUGCCUCUGUUCGCCGUCGCCGACUGUUUUAAUUCUUACCGAAUACUGUCCCCGAGGAUCGUUGAAGGAUGUUCUUGAGAACGAGGCGAUCAAGCUGGAUUGGAAUUUUCGGAUGUCCCUAAUCCACGAUAUCGCCAAGGGAAUGUCUUAUCUUCACGCCAGCGAGGUCUCCGCUCACGGAAAAUUACGAUCGUGUAAUUGCCUGAUCGACGGUCGCUUCGUAUUAAAAAUCUCGGACUUCGGCCUCAAAACACUCACCACGCCCUCCGACUUGAUUAUAGACGAGAGCUAUUACACCAAAUUGCUUUGGAUCGCCCCGGAACUCUUGCCAUUAACGGUGACACCCGGUAGCGCGGCGACGCAGAAGGGCGACGUUUAUAGCUUCGCGAUUAUUCUUGAGGAGAUAGUGGUCCGCGGUGGCCCGUACGAGGUAGCCAGGACCUUUAUGACGGCGCAAGAGAUCGUAACCAGGGUAUCAGCGUCGGAGAAUCCCCCCUUGAGGCCGGAAGUCACGCCGAAGGAUUGUCCGCCGGACAUACUGUCGUUGAUGGAAAGGUGCUGGACCGAGGUUCCCGACGAACGGCCUAGCUUCCACGCGAUUCGCGGCACGAUACGAGGAAUCAUGAAGGGAUAUUGCGAGAAUUUGAUGGACGAUCUUCUACGGCGGAUGGAGCAAUACGCCAAUAAUCUGGAGGCGCUCGUUGAGGAAAAGACCGAGCAGUUGAGCCUAGAGAAGCGUCGCAGCGAGGAACUGCUGUACCAAGUGCUCCCGAGGCAGGUCGCCGGUCAGCUGAUGGCCGGGGAAAUGGUGCAACCGGAGCAGUUCGAGUGCGUCACCAUCUACUUUAGCGAUAUUGUCGGUUUCACGGCGCUAUGCGCGCAGAGCACGCCUAUGGAGGUCGUGGAUUUUCUGAAUGAUUUGUACAGUACCUUUGACAGUAUUAUCGGAUUCUACGACGUUUACAAGGUGGAGACUAUAGGAGAUGCGUAUAUGGUAGCGUCUGGUCUUCCGGAGAGAAACGGCGACGAACAUGCCAGAGAGAUUGGACUGAUGGCCCUGGCGAUACUGGAUGCCGUCAGAUCGUUCACCAUAAUGCACAAGCAAAACACACAACUGAGCGUGCGGAUAGGCGUGCACAGCGGUCCGGUUUGCGCCGGGGUGGUGGGUCAAAAGAUGCCGCACUAUUGUCUCUUCGGCGACACCGUGAACACGGCGUCUCGAAUGGAAUCUUCCGGUCUUCCUUUGAGAAUACACGUCUCCGAGGCGACGAAGAAUAUCUUGGACAAGUUUAGGACGUUCGACCUUGAGCUCAGAGGCGAGGUGGAGUUGAAGGGAAAGGGUAGGGUAACAUCUUACUGGUUGACCGGUUGUUCGGAGCCCGACUCCAGGUUGGCCGUGCCGAGGUAUCGCAGGCUCAGUAGCAGCCAACCCGAGAACAAUUUGAAUCCACUAAUCUUUCCGCCAAAUAACACGAACGGCCCGAAACCAAGUAACAAUACCUUCAUCAACUUGGCGGAAUUAUAAUGAUUAACAUUUAGGGUAUACGGCAACCUUUUAGGUUGCAACGAGAAGGAAUUUCCAAUGUGCCACACGCGUCACUUGAGGUAUAAAAAUGUGCGUAAAAAAAUUAGGUAUCCAUAAAAAUU